UCAUGUCAAGCCACUGUGACACUCUGUACUUCAGUCUGCCUGGCCAUGGAAACUCUGUCCUGCACAAGAUGAAUGCUCUAAGAGAAGACCGUCGGUUCUGUGACAUCACGCUCAUCUUCGGAAGUCCAAACACCACUGCGGACCAGUCUGUCCACUUCCACGGCCACAGGGUGGUGCUUGCAGCAUCCUCUGAUUUCUUCCGUGAUCAGUUCCUGCUCCAUGAAGACCAGGCAGAGAUGAGCGUGGCUGCAGUUUCCAGCGCAAGAGUGGCGAAGACGCUGCUGCUGUCCUGCUACACUGGACUUCUUGAGGUACCUUUGGCAGAACUGGUCAGUUUCCUGAGCACAGCCAGCAUCCUCCAGAUGAGCGAGGUGGUAGAGAAAUGCAGUCAAGCUGUGUUGCAGUUCCUUAAACCCAUCAUGUUUUCCAAUAAACCUCCAAGCUGCUCCAAGGAAACUGAAAACCAGCAGCCAGAGAGACGCUGGCUAUGUUCCAGUUUUGAAAAUCGGAGGGAAAAGGAUGUGGCCCAGGCCAGCACCAGCAUCCAGGAAGAUAAAACAAAGGAAGGAGUGGUUCUUAGUCAGGCAGUGGAUGGGGUCAGCCAAGAAUCUAAGGUGGAUAAUGAAAAGACUAAUGUGACUACAGAAGACAUGAAGUUUGUGAAACCCAUAUUGGAGUCAUCAGAGGAUCAGAAAUUUGACCUUGACACCUUGAAGUCAGAGCAAGGUGUGGAAAACCCCACAGCAGCUCUCCAGGAUGAAGAUUUUCAAGACCUCACUUCAUUCCCAGCUUUAGAGAUUACAAGUGCUGCAGGUCAUGUAAAGUUGGUGGACAUCUCCCAAAAACAACAGGAACAAGUAGGACAUGAAGAAAAACAAGAUAAAAACAUUUAUGCACAUGAGGCUCAACUGGAACAUGAUGGAGACCCGACAGAUUCCAAAGUAUCUAACCUCUCCGAGGCGCAGUCGACAAAGACUGGCGAAGAUGUACUUCUAGAGGCUUCACACAGCGUCCCAGUUGAGAGACCAUACCUGUGCAGGAAGUGUGACAAAAUAUUCCAGCGCCUUGAGAACUACGCGGGCCACCUGAAGGAACACAGGCAGUAUUCUUGUUUGGUCUGUGGGGAGGGAUUUUCCCAGAAGAGCAAACUGACCCGGCACAUACGCGUUCAUCCUGAUGUCAAGCCCUUCAGGUGUCCACUGUGCCAUGAAACGUUCAUCCAAAAGGGCUGGCUGCAAGAACACCUCAACCUGCACACGGGCAACAAGCAUAGUCUGAACCCAACAAACAAGUCAGAUUUUAAAAAUGGCCCGACAGAUGUGCUGGAGAAGAGUGGAGGAGGAGCAAAUUAGGAUUAAAAUGUAAUCAUUACUGUUUGUUCUGGCUGCUUGUACCUUUUUUUUUGUAUCUUUUUUGGAAAUCUGGUCCCGACUUAAAUUGUAUAAAAACAUGCACAUGCAAAAAGACAUUUUUCUUUUUGAGGGACUGAAAAAAAAUGUGUAAAAUGUUAUAUAAGAUUCCAAAGACGAAAAGAGCGUGUGCCUCAUAUCUCAGAGGUUUUUCAUGCUCAAUGUCUAUGGACAAGGUUAUUUUAAUUUAGUUGUGAAUUCUUUGGUGUUUGAAAUUCGCAGGAUUAACUAUU